AUGGAAACUACUUGUGUCAUCCUAUCCUCGCUACUCGUGUGCGUGGCUGCUGUAGCAGACGUCGAUGUUCAGGAUGAACCUGAGAAAGAGGAAAACCCUUUUGUCUAUGACUACGAAAGCCUGAGGAUUUGUGGACUGGCUUUAGCUGUGGUGCUGUUCACACUAGGAAUUCUACUUAUUCUCAGUCGACGGUGCCGCUGCAGUAUCAACCAGAAACCCAGGGCCCCCGGAGAUGAAGAGGCACAGGAGGAAAACCUCAUCGUCUCAAAGGCCGCGGCAGCUGCCAAAGAAACUCCAGCUGAAAACUGA